UCCAAUCGUUGCAGACAUUGAGGACCCCCCACCACCCCUCCUGUACAGGAUGGAAACCAAAGAAAGCGGUCGUUCCGGUUUGAAUGAGGUCGUGAUAGCCUCGUUUGCAAGGACACCUAUCGGUUCCUUUCGGAGUUCUCUGGCCUCCAUGCCAGUGACGGAACUUGGUUCAAUCGCCAUAAAGGCAGCUGUCAAGAGAGCGGGCAUUUCGUGCGAACGCGUGCAGGAAGUGUUCAUGGGCCACGUUCUUCCCGCUGGAGUCGGCAUGAAUCCAGCGAGGCAGGCAGCGCUGGGAGCAGGCCUUCUAGAGUCGGUUCCGUGCACCACUAUCAACAAGGUCUGUGCUUCGGGUAUGAAGGCCAUCAUGCUCGCCGCCCAAAGCCUCAUGUGUGGCUCUCAGGAGGUUGUGGUGGCCGGAGGAAUGGAAAGCAUGUCCAAUGUCCCGUACUACUUGAACAGAGGCGAAACACCGUACGGUGGAGUUCAGCUACAGGACGGCAUAUUGACCGAUGGCUUGACCGAUGUCUACCACAAGAUCCAUGUGGGUGCCUGUACCGAGCAUACCGCCAAGAAGUAUGCAGUUUCCAGGGAAGACCAGGAUGAUUUCGCCAUUGAAAGCUACAAGAGAAGCACCAAAGCAGCGAAGGACGGGGUGCUGGCCUCCGAGAUCGUUCCCGUGACCAUCCCUGGAAAGCGUGGCAAGCCAGCCGUGGUGGUGGCCGAGGACGAGGAAUACAAGUGCGCCGACUUCGAGAAGCUCAGAAAGAUUUCACCAGCAUUCGACAAAGAAGGCACAAUCACAGCGGCCAACGCAAGCACACUGAGCGACGGAGCGGCAGCUUGUGUCCUCAUGACUCGCCAAGCGGCAGAAAAGCUUGGAGUGACGCCAUUGGCACGAAUCAUUGGCUUCGCCGAUGCUGCUGUGGAACCAUUGCAUUUUUGCAUUUCCCCAGCAUACGCAAUGCCCAAGGCAUUGAAUCAAGCAGGCUUGAAAUUUGAAGACAUGUCCAUGAUCGAGAUAAACGAAGCCUUUAGUGCCGCAGUGCUUUGCAACAUGAAACAUCUCGGCCUGGAACACUCAAAGGUCAAUAUUCAUGGAGGCGGAGUCAGUCUUGGACAUCCGCUCGGAAUGUCGGGAGCUCGAAUCACGGGGAGGCUCGCUCUUCAUCUCCAAUCGGGCCAAUACGGCCUGGCUGGCAUCUGCAACGGAGGCGGUGGUGGUUCCGCCAUUAUCAUUGAGAAGCUCUAAGACAGCCGCGCAGCAGAAAAUUGUGCGUGCCUGUGCCUGGACAC